AAUGCUACGUAAUCCUGUUAUUAAUUUUGCCAUUAAAUUGUGGGAUUGCAAAUUUAUAUCUGCAAGAAAUUCUGCUCUAUUUAUAAAUGGAAGUAAAGCAACAGAAAACUUUGUCUAUGUAAUUCCCUAUAUUGAUUUUCAACAUGAUAUCAAACAGAAAGAAUUAAUUCAAGAGCAGUUAUUGAAACGAAAAUUAAAUAUUGAUUUAAAUAAAUUAGAGAGUCUCUGGUCAAUUUAUCAAGAACUCAAACAAAGAAAGUUUGAGUAUGAGAAGAAAAGGGAAGAAGUAUCAAGAGAAUUAGGAAAAAUGAUAAAAAAUGAUCCUGAAAAUAUUCUUACAAAAAAACUUAAAAUUCAAGUAAACCUUUUAAAAGAUAAUAUAAAAAAGCUCAAAGAACCUCUGUGGUUUGCUGAAGAGGCUGCAAUAGUUGAAAUACUGAAACUUCCCAAUAAUCUGCAUUCUCGAACACCAGAUGGUGAAAAUAGAGUUUUGUAUACUCACCUUUCACCUCCAAAAAUACAAAAAGAUCAUUUAGUAAUAGGAAAAGACCUUGGCCUUAUUGAAUUAAUAAAAAAUGAAAAUUAUUAUUUGAAAGGAACAGCAGCCAUAUUUGAACUUGGAGCUAAGUUUUACUUCAACAAUAUAUUGAGGAAGAAUAAUUUCCAUCAAUUUUCAAAUCCAGACUUUGUGAAAAGUCUGAUUGUUGAAGGAUGUGGUAUUGACCAUACAAAUCCAAACUCUUCCUUUAUACUACAUCAUAAUGAAAAUUCCAAAGUAAAUAUAGAUAGUCGGUUGCAUUUAACAGGGGGAGCAUCUCUGUGUUCCUUUUUUGCUUAUUACACUAAGAACAUAUUACAUCCUAAGAGUUUACCACUAAGAUACUUUACUAUGGGUCGACAAUAUACACCGUCAUCUUUUGAAGAAGACAGCUUGUUCCAUGUGAGUCAGUCAUCAGUAGUGGAGAUAUUUUGUGCUACUAGAAAUGAGAAAGAUUUAAGUGUUUUACUUGAUGAUUUAAUUGAAAUAUUGAAAUCAGCAUAUUCUCAGUUGGGCUAUCAUUUUAGACUAUCUAUUGUAACUGCAGAUCAGUUACACACAUGGGAAUCUUUAAGGCUAAUCAUUGAGAUGUAUUCUACUUCUCAGCAGACUUAUGUGGAGAUUGGAAAUAUAUCAGUCUCUGAAGAUUAUAUAAGUAAGAGACUUAUGCUGACUUAUGUUGAAAAUAAAGAAAGCCAUUUCCCUCAUAUAUUGUCUGGUACAGUAUUAAAUGUACCAAAGUUUUUGGCUUGUGUUUUAGAACAAGAUAAUGAUUUCUCUUUACCUAAAGAAUUUACUGUUGACAAAUGGAAAAUAUAGAAAGUUAUAUGAUUAUAUAAUUAUAAUUAUCAUUGAAACAAACCUAAUGUCCUGUUAGUAACACCUAAAGUGGUGAAAUAGUAUUUUUUUUUAUCAUCAUAGUAUCAUUUGAUGAUCAAACCAUAGAUAAUGGAAAAUGCUUUUUUUCUAUAGGUUAUACUUUAGAAAAUUUUCUGCUGCUAAAACGUUGAAUAUAAACUAAACAAAAACAAUUUAUUUAUUGUAAAUAUAGGUUUUACAUAAACUA